AUCAUCCUCAACAACAUCAUCAACUGAUUCCAAAAACAGUUCUCUCAAGACUCGAGUCCUUAAAUCUAGACACUAGACGCGCUGGACCAAUUUGAAGUGUUUAUAAAUCAUCAAGAGUGACGUUAGAAACCAAGACUUUAAAAAAUCCGGUAUUCAAUUAUAAUUCAAGAUGGGUCAAACCGGUUCACAAUUAUUACAAGAAAUUGAAAAGUCAUCAAAUUUCACCGGUGAAGAAAUUCAAAGACUAAAGAAACGGUUUAUGAAAUUGGAUAGGGAUCAAUCAGGAUCGAUUGAUAAAGAAGAAUUCCUUCAGAUUCCAGCAAUAGCAAAUAACCCACUCGCGUCUAGGAUGAUUGCCAUUUUCGAUGAAGAUGGUGGUGGUACAGUCGAUUUCCAAGAGUUUGUAGACGGUUUAUCCGCCUUCAGUAGUCGUGGAGAUCGGGAACAAAAGCUAAAGUUUGCUUUUAAAGUUUAUGACAUGGAUCGGGAUGGAUUCAUUUCGAAUGGUGAAUUGUUUUUAGUCCUGAAGAUGAUGGUGGGAAACAAUUUGAAAGAUCAGCAAUUACAACAAAUCGUGGAUAAGACAAUUAUGGAGGCGGAUACUGAUUGUGAUGGAAAGUUAUCAUUUGAUGAAUUUAAACAGGUCGUUGCUAACACUGAUAUCGCCAAACAAAUGACUCUAGAGGCUCUAUUCUGAAUCGAUUUGAAUUGGUUACUAUUUUCUUUGUAAUCACUUCAUCUAACAUAUCGUUGAUUCUGAGGUAGGAUUAUAAAUAAUAUGAGAUUGACGGAAGCCAAAGUUGAAUGUAAACUCAUUUACCUAGAGUUAAAAAACACACACUAUCAUCAUGACACCACCAUCUGAUAACGACAACAGAUGUAGAUUAUUACUUAUUGGGCUGUUUCUUUCAAGUUGAAGAGAUCAAGGUGAAAUUGAAUCGAACAUUUCAUGAUUACU